AGAAAAAAAUCAAUAAAAAGUCAAGCUGACUGGGAUGAUAUGUUGGACGAAAGCCCUAUUCUAAAUAAAAAGAGUGCCCUACGUAAGUUUUCAGCACCUGCUAGAGUUGUAAUAGACUCACCACCUACUCUUAGUACAAGAGUAGCAACUCGUCGUAUGGUUUGCAAUUGGGAGCCAUCUCCAAAUGAUAAUAUGGCAAACAUGGAGGUGUCACUUGGAAGUUCAAGGACUAGAAGAUCCCUUAAUGAUAAAGUAGAAAGGUUAUUAGAAGCAGGAAUAAUUUCUAAAGAUGUUGAAAAUGAGGAACUACAAGAAGUGGCUGAGGCUGAACAUGAAAAAAUGACCGAGGUAGAAUUUGAAGAAGUUGCUGAGGUGGAGCUUGAAGAACUAGAAAUAAUGGCUGAAACAAAUGAAAAUAUAAGUAUUUCCCCAGCUAUAAGGCAACAAAUGCGGCAAGCUCUUAGAAAAUCUGAUCGAUUACAAAAAACAAGUGAGGCAAUUCAAAAUGAGUUCCAAGAAGCAUCUCAAGAUAGAAAUGCAAAUGAAAUUAAUGCACUCAAAAAGACUAGGGGCAAGACUACAUUGGCAAAUCUUAUUAAGAGAAAUAAUGACUCGAUGAAAAUAAAUUGGAAUGAAAAAGGCCAACUAGUUGGUACUAACUCAGUAAAAUUUUCUUCUUUUGUGGGUGCUCUUGUGAGGGAGAUAGUUCCUUAUACUAUUUCAGAUUGGAGGAAAAUUUCUCCAAUCAUGAGAGACGUUCUUUGGGCAUCUAUUCAGGCAAAAUAUGAUUUACAUGAAUAUUGGCAAAAUAAGAUGUGCUUUGAAAUGAAGGCAAACCUAUGGAGAUCUGCAAAAUCUAGACUAGUCAAGGAUAUUAUUGAUGCUAAAACUGAGAAUGAACGACUAGUAUUAAAGCCAGAUUGCAUAAAAAGUGAUGUAGAAUGGAGGGAACAAAAAGCUAGUAAAGAACAUAUGACAAAACAAACUUUAGGGGGAAAAGUAACUAGGAUCGAUGAUUUUCGGAGAGCCCAUACCAAGAAGAAUGGUGAACCAAUCAACCAAACAACAUCUGAAGUUUUUGAAGAAUUAGAUGAAAUUAUACGCAAAGACCCAAAAUUUGGAACUACAAACAAUACCGAUGAGGAUGCAUUAACAAAAUUAUUUGGUAAUCCAAAAUUUGGACACUUAAUCAGACAAGGAAGGGGGGUGACAGGGUCAAAAUUAACUGUUGUUAAUAUGUGUAAAAACAAGAUGACAUUGUUGGAGGAAGAGCAGCUAAAUAUGAAGAGUCAAAUUGCCGAAAUGUUGAAUCUACUUAAAGGACACUUGGGGGGUAGAGCAACAUAAAGUGAGGGGCAGUCCCACAAUAUUCCCCAAUCCAACAAUAUUCCUUCUCCUAAGUGUUGGAGUUAAAAAGGGCCAUAACUUUACAGAAGCAAGGAAUGCUUGCUACUUUCUUGAUUGGUCAAAUGCAAUUAUUGCUGAAGGUCGUCGGGAUUCUAGUGAUCCAGAAUUAGAGGUGCACAGAAUUCCUCUUGGACCAGAUUUUAUGCGUGUAUGGGUUGAUGUUGCUGUUGUGCCUGGUGCUUAUUUAUUUUGUCCUAACUAUGCGAUGCUUACUAUACGAGAAGCUGUUGGUUCAACAGUUGCAUGGCCUUCUCAAAAGGUUAUUCCAAGAGGAUUAAUCCUAACAUACUGGUAUCAGAGCCAGGUUGGUGUAAUUGGCUGGAAGAUUGAAGGUCUUGGUUCAAAGAAUACAAGUUUUUGGUGUCAAAAGGUAUUGCAAGGAAUCCAAACCGCAUGCUUUGAAACAAGACCACAGUCUUCCAAGUCUUUCUCUAAAACAACUUAGUGUAUGUGUGGGCAAGUCUCAAUACAUGAGAAGAGAUUUCCUAGAGAGAAAACUAAGAGAGAGUGGGUGGCUAAGUAUAGAAUAUUAGUAGUGAAUUUUUAACUUGUCAAAUUCAGCUUUUUUAAUGCAUUCUAUAACACUAGUAUAUAUAGGCAAUUAGCUAGGACAUAAAAUAGGUUUUAG